UUCUGGAAAAUCACACUCCACCGGUCUUCCAUUGGACUCCACCCGAGGACACGCGAGAACGCACUAGCACUGGGACUGAAAAGGCGCGGACAUGUAGCGUACCGGCCGAUUAACAAUGAGAUAGCAGGUAUGAUUUUGAAGCUUAAGGAGAUCGUGCGCGUGGAGAUGGUCGAUAAGGUG